CAUUGCGGAGAAAGGCUUGCACGGGCGUGGAAGGGUUGCUCUUCUGCCGCUGUGACGCAGACUAGCGCAGGCAGACAGACAAGUGGGGUCGUUUCCAGACACUAGGCCACAGCAGAAGCAGCCAAGAUGGAUCCUAGAUGCCUCUGUUGGACCCUCCCUGCCUUUGGCUCUGAUGACACGCGUGGGGGCCAGAGUGAUUUUGACUGGCUGAACACUGGCCUGGCGCACAAACACAACAGGGCGAGGGGGUUGCAAUCUGACUUGAUAGGUGGAAAAAAGAAAAAAUACUGUCAGCAGCCUCCUGCAACGGUUGAAGGGCUAAUUUGAUCUCUGACUCAUUAGCGAAAGUGAUCUCGUCACUGCCUGUUCCGUGUUCUGCAAGCCCUCUCUGCUGGCAGGACACAGCCAGCCUCCAAGAGAGGAUAGGGGCGUGCUCAGAGAGGGCUGCCUUUCUCCUUCAGAGCUCAGCGCUGCAGACCUCAAAGGCACAUGAUGCGCCCCGCACCGAGCAGAGCGCUUUGCAGUGCCCAGGAGCUGCAUGUGCCUGGGGCAGGACGCAAUGUCUGUGAAGCCUGUCCCUGCUGACGCACUUCCCGCUUCUGCUUGUGACUUGUCCCCAAACUCAAGAGUACCACCCACUUCCAGGAAUAGUGGACCAAGCACGAUGGAACUGUGUCGCUUUCUCUUUGUGGCGGUCUUCCUCCUGCUCCCUGGUGCUUCUUCCCUGAAGAUUAAGGCUUAUUUCAAUGAGACUGCAGACCUGCCAUGCCCAUUUACAAACUCUCAAAACCUAAGCAUGAGUGAGCUGGUGGUGUUUUGGCAGAACCAGGAAGCAUCAGUUCUGUAUGAGCUAUACUUAGGCAAAGAGAAACCUGACAAUGUUAAUCGCAAGUAUAUGGGCCGUACAAGUUUUGAUCGGGAAAAUUGGACCCUGCGACUUCACAACGUUCAGAUCAAGGACCAGGGCUCAUAUCAAUGCUUCAUCCAUCACAAAAAGCCCAAAGGAAUGAUUCUCAUCUAUCAGAUGAAUUCUGACUUGUCAGUGCUUGCUAACUUCAGUCAACCUGAAAUAAUAGAAAUUUCUAAUAUAACAGAAAAUUUGUACAGAAAUUUGACCUGCUCAUCUAUACAAGGUUACCCAGAACCUAAGAAGAUGAGUUUUUGGCUUAAAACUGAGAAUUCAACUACUGUGGAUGAUGGUGUCAUGCACAAAUCUCAAGAUAAUGUCACGGAACUGUACAACGUUUCCAUCAGCUUGUCUGUUUCACUCUCAGCUGUUACAAGCAAUAUGACCAUCAUCUGUGUCCUGCAAACUGAGCCAAUGAAGACAGAGCUUUUCUCUUCACCUUUCUAUAUAGAUCCUAAGGACCCCCAGCUCCAGCCCCCAGAUUACACCGUCUGGAUUGCAACAGCUAUAGCUCCAUUGGCAAUUGGACUUCUGCUGAUAACCUAUCUUAUUAGGCAGAAGAGGAAGAAGAAGAGGCAACCUGGUGUCUCCAAUGAAUGUGAGAUUCUCAAAAUGGAGAGGGGAGAGAGUGAACAGACCCAGAAAAGAGUAAACAUCCAUGUACCUAAAAGAUCUGACGAAGAAUUCCAGUGUGUUGUUAACAGUUUGGAGAUAACCUCAGGCGACAAAAGUGCUACACAUUUUUAAUUAAAAUGUAAAGUCUA